AAAGUCCAAAAAAACAAAAUAAUAAUAAAGAAAAAUAAAAAAAAGAUAUAAAAAAAAAAUGAAAUUCAACAUAAGCUACCCCGUAACAGGUGGAUAAAAAUGCAUUGAAAUCGACGACGAUAAAAAAUGCAACAUUUUCAUGGACAAAAGAAUGGGACAAGAAGUAUAAGCUGAUUCUUUAGGAGAUGAAUUCAAAGGAUAUGUAUUUAAAAUUGCAGGAGGAAAUGAUAAAUAAGGAUUUCCCAUGAAACAAGGUGUAUUCGCUAAAGGAAGAGUUAGACUCCUUUUAUCAGCUGGUCAUUCUUGCUUCACUGAAAGAAGAAGUGGUUUCAAAAAGAGAAAAUCAGUCAGAGGAUGUAUCGUUGGACCUGAUAUGAGAGUAUUGGCUUUAUAAGUAGUAAAAAAAGGAGAAAAAGAAAUUGAAGGAGUAACUGAUGUUAAUUUACCAAGAAAAUUAGGACCUAAAAGAGCUAAUAAAAUUAGAAAAUUAUUCGGAUUAAAGAAAGAAGAUGAUUAAAUUUUGGUUAAAAAAUCAGUUAUUAGAAGAACUUUCAAAUCUGGAAGCGGAAAAGAAAGAACUAAAUGUCCUAAAAUUUAAAGAUUAAUUACACCUGAAAGAUUGAGAAGAAAAAGAGUUUAUCUUUUGGAGAAGAAAUCUAGAGCUACCAAAACUAAGGCCGCUAGAGAAGAAUACGAAAAAUUCUUAGUUGAAUGGAGAAAACAAAGAAAUACCUAAGCAGUUAAACCCGAAGAACCUGCUAAAAAGACUGUAUAAGAAACUAAAUCUGCUGCUUAAAAAGUUGACAACAAAGCAAAAACCACCACUGCUGUUUAAAAAACUGAUGCUAAAUAAGGUGCUAAACCUGCUACUACUGGUGCUAAACUUGCCUCUACUGGUACUAAAGUUGCUGCCACUACUGUUUCUAAAUAGGCUCCUGUCUAAAAGACUGUUACUGCUGCUAAAGAUUAAAAACCAACCGCUGUUAAAUAAGGUGCUGCUACUAAUUAAACUAAAUAAUAACCCUAAUAAGGAUAAGCUAAAGAAUAAAAAAGUGCUCCCGCUCCUGCUAAAUAAGGAGGUAGAAAAUGAAGUGAGUUCAUAUUGGGAGAUGUUUUUUUCUUAUUCUAAAUUUUUUGGUAUGUUCGAAAGUAUUUUUUUAUAUUAUAAAUUAGAAUAAGAUUUUUUUUAUUUGUAAAAUAAUAAAUAAGGUUAGUAUUUAAGAUAAAAAUUUUAUUUUUUAUUUUUAGUUAGUAUUUAUAAAAAUUAUUUAAACAUAAUUAAAAAAAAUAUAAUAU